AUGCCCGCUGUUUCAAAAUUCUCGAAAAUCCGCUGCAGAAUUUCACCUAAUUCAGGAUAACAAGUUCAUCCUCAAGGGCCGUUUGAAGCCACCAGCAGUCACCCGAUGCUCACCGCCUACCUCAUAAUUCUACUGAGGUCCGUAGCCGAUCAGUCGAAACCUAUAUCUCCCAAAUCGAUCUUUGAGGUUGGUGCCUGA